AUGUCUGACUCAACGAGCGCAAAUACCCCCAAGCCGAGCAGCAGCGUCAAGCUCGUCCUGCUCGGCGAGGCAGCUGUUGGAAAGUCAUCACUCGUUUUACGAUUUGUCAACAAUGACUUCCAGGAGAACAAAGAGCCCACCAUUGGAGCUGCAUUUCUUACCCAGAAAUGUUCCCUGCCUACCCGCACAAUCAAGUUCGAAAUCUGGGAUACUGCCGGCCAGGAACGUUUUGCCUCUCUGGCUCCCAUGUACUACCGUAACGCCCAGGCGGCGCUGGUAGUCUACGAUGUUACAAAACCAUCCUCCCUCACAAAGGCCAAGCACUGGGUUGCCGAGCUCCAACGCCAGGCAAGUCCCGGGAUCGUGAUUGCCCUCGUGGGUAACAAGCUGGACUUGACGAACGACGGCGGGGAGGCUACGGAGCAACCGCAGGCUGAGGUUGAACAGGAGCCUUCUGGUGCUGAGGGCGAGGAGACCGCCGGGGACAACCAUGAGGAGCAGGAGACUACCCCUGGAGAUGCCCGCAAGGUCUCAACACGGGAGGCGAGCGCUUAUGCAGAGGAGGAAAGCCUGCUGUUUUUCGAGACCAGUGCAAAGACCGGCACGAAUGUCGCUGAAGUCUUCACUGCAAUCGCCAACGCGAUCCCGGAGAGCAGCCUGAAGAGCGGACGCGGAGCCGGCGCGGGGACAGGCCAGACUGCUCUGGGAGCUGGCCGUCCGGCCGACGAGACGCGGGUCAAUCUUGGGGAUCGAGCAACUGCUACGGCCAAGGAGGGCUGCGCCUGUUGA